CAACUUGCAGGAAAGUGAAUAAAAAUUUAAAAGAACUCAUUAGGCCGGUAUCGCGGCUCUCGUCCUUGACAGCACCCUCGUUGGCGCUUUUAAUUUUUCUUCCUGCGCGCGAUAAAUGAGGCGCCCCCGCACCUUCCGCACUCAGUCAUGUUCCGUCUCCUGGUGCUGGUGGUGGCCGCCUGCGUGGCCGUUUGCACGGCCGCCCCGCUCGAGAAGUGGAGCACUUACAAAAACGCGCCCGACCUCAAACCGCAACUCGGCGCUCUCGCCGAAAGGAUGUACGGCCGCCCUGACAACUCCACGGGCGAAAGGGUGGCAAAGUACGACCCGAAAACCGACACCAUCAAUCCAGAGGAGUUGGGCAGUUACGCGGCUGGUGACAUUCUGGUGCCAGGAAUGUUGGGCAGAAAUGGUUUGGUUGCGACCUCGUCGCGAUGGUCAAGAGGUCGGAUACCCUUCAUGAUUUCAACUGACAUUGCGCCACAAUAUGUGGAUAUUAUUUACCAGGCGAUGAACGUCUACCACGAAUUGACUUGCGUGCGAUUCGUUCCCUGGAACGGUCGCGACUCUGACUACGUGACCAUCGAGAGUUCCAGCAGCGGGUGCUGGGCCUCGGUGGGUCGCAUCGGCGGUCGGCAGUCGGUGAACCUGCAGGCGCCGGCGUGCCUCGCCAAAGUGGGCACCGUGUUGCACGAGCUGAUGCACACGGUCGGAUUCUUGCACGAGCAGAACCGAGCCGAGAGGGACCAGUACGUUGACAUCCUGUGGGAAAACGUGGAAAAGGGCCGCGAAGAGAAUUUCAAGAAGAUCUCCGCCUCGAUUGCGUUUUCGCAGAUUCCUUACGACUACGAGAGCGUCAUGCACUACUCGACGGCGGCGUUCAGCUCCAAUGGGAAACCAACCCUCCGGACAAAGGCUUCUGGGGUUCGAGUUGGGCAGCGAGAGCGAAUGAGUGUCGGCGAUAUUCACAAAAUAAAUAUGAUGUACAAAUGCGACGGACCCUAUUCAUAUGUUCAAUAAAAAAAUUGUUCAAUUUAUGUUUGAGUUACAAAAGAAAAUUGAUGCAUUAAAGUUUGCUUUUUCUUCUCCCCUUCCCUGUGAGGAAAAUGCUGGGAAACACCACAAAAUGUGAUAAAAAAAUAAUAUAUUAUGCAAAAGGCACAAGGUUGACAGCAUGCGUGAUAAUUACCCUUGGUUUUAGCGCAUUUUUGGAAAAUAC